AUGCUGCUUCUCCUUCUGAUCUCAAGUGCUUUUCUCCUGCCCUGGGCUGGGGCUGGAAGGAUCAUUGGUGGGAAGGAAGUGAAGCGCCACUCCAGACCAUACAUGGCUUAUUUAAACAUACAAGUUUUACAUCAGUCUAGUCGAAAGGCUUAUUCCUGUGGAGGGUUCCUGAUUCGGCCAGAUGCAGUGCUCUCAGCAGCUCACUGUGUGGCUAAAGAAGGGAGAGUGAACAUCACUGUGAUUCUGGGAGCCCACAACAUCAGGGCCCGAGAACGGAGCCAGCAGAGGAUCCGUGUUAGAGACUGGGUCAUCCAUCCCAAAUAUUCCCCUGCUGGCUUCAAAAAUGACAUUGUAAUACUGAAGCUGAAGACAAAGGCCAAGAUCAAUAAGAAUGUGCAACCCAUCUCCAUACCCAGAAGAAACGAACAUGUGAGAGCAGGAACAAAAUGUGAGGUGGCUGGCUGGGGCUGGACGUCUGUGUUAGAGCACCCCAGUGAUGUGAUGAUGGAGGUGGAACAGGAGGUGCAAAAUGAGGAAACAUGUAAGCGGCUAUUCGGACGUAACUUCAAGCGUUGGUCCAUGAUCUGUGUUGGUGAUAAGAACAGCGCAAAGACACCUUACCGUGGUGAUUCUGGUGGCCCAUUAGUCUGCAAUCAGAAGGCUUAUGGCAUUGUUUCUUAUGGACAUAAAAUCUGCCUCUUCCCUACGGUAUUCACCAGAAUCUCGUAUUUUGACUCCUGGAUACGUCAGCAGCUGGGGAUGUUUGCACUCCAAGAGCUGCCUGGCUCUCCAUCCUCUGACUAA